AAAAUUCUUUAAAAAAAAAAAUAAGUUGCUAUGCUAAUAUUAAAUAAAGCUCUUUGUAGAUUGUAAGUUAAAUUGUAUAAAAAUGUUAAACAUAAAGAACUACGGAAGCAGUUCAGAGGACGAUUCGGAUAAUGAAGAUACAGGCACACAAAACAGCAAUGAAACUUUGAUAACGCAUUUAAAGCCAGUGGACCCUACUUUGUCCAUCGCUAAGAAAAUGGAAAUAUGUUCAGCACCCGUAGUAACACCUACUAACAAUGAUGACACAAGAGUUUUAGUGAACAAUAACCAAGAACUAAUGCACAAUCCCAAAUAUGAAGAGCUAUUUGCACCUAUCUAUGGCCCCGAGAAUCCUUUUCAAACACAACAGAUGAAAGCUACGAGGAACACACUCGCAGGCUAUGUGGAGAAAGCACAUAUAAGUGAAUUUCAGUUUGAGAACCAGAGGAGGACUUUCACCAGCUAUGGUUAUGCUGUGGAUCCAUCUACAGAACCAAUUGUUGAUGAGAAAGGGGAUGCUAUUGUUGUAUCAGCAAUGGUAGCCCCUCCGGUAGAAGCAGAAGGCAGGACAGUGUUUGAAACCAUAAAGAAGAGACCUCUAGACAAGAAGAAGAGAAAUAAAAAUGAUAAUCCAGAGGACAUCACAGGCUUCCUUGGACCCUGGGGAGGUUAUGAGGGUGAAAGGAGAGUAAUGAAACCAGAUGCUGAAGAAUCGAAAGAACUAGAAGAGAUCCUCGCUAAACGGCAGAAGAAGGGCAAAGUUGACGACGACAAGCCUUUGGAAGAGAAGUGUAUAUUGCACAUUGACAAAGACACGGACUACUUGGGCCGCUCGUGGGUCGAGGUGCCUCGCAGUGAGACUCAGUUGCGCAGUGACACUCCACCUGACAAGUGCUUCCUGCCUAAGGCGCACAUAUUCACGUGGAAGGGACACACGAAGGGCGUGGCGGCCGUGCGCUGGUUCCCCGCCACCGCGCACCUCAUGCUCUCCGCCGGCAUGGACUGUAGGGUGAAGAUAUGGGAGGUAUACGGCGAGCGUCGCUGCGUGCGCACAUACUUCGGCCACCGGCAAGCUGUCAGAGAUGUUAAUUUCAACAACUGUGGGAAGAAGUUUUUAUCGGCAGCCUACGACCGCUACAUCAAGCUGUGGGACACGGAGACGGGCGCGUGCGAGGCGCGCUUCACGUCGCGCAAGGUGCCGUACUGCGCCAAGUUCCACCCCGACGCCGACAAGCAGCACCUGUUCGUGGCCGGCACCUCCGACAAGAAGAUCAUCUGCUGGGACACGCGCAGCGGCGAGAUAGUGCAGGAGUACGACCGGCACCUCGGCGCGGUCAACACCAUCACCUUCGUGGACGACAACCGGCGCUUCGUGUCCACCUCGGACGACAAGAGCCUGCGCGUGUGGGAGUGGGACAUCCCGGUGGACAUGAAGUACAUCGCGGACCCGUCGAUGCACUCGCUGCCGGCGGUGACGGCGGCGCCCAACGGCAAGUGGCUGGCGUGCCAGUCCAUGGACAACAAGGUGGUGGUGUUCAGCGCGCUCAACCGGUUCAAGCUCAACCGCAAGAAGACCUUCGUGGGCCACAUGGUGGCGGGCUACGCCUGCUCCGUCGACUUCUCGCCGGACAUGAGCUACCUCGUGUCGGGUGACGCGGACGGCAAAUGCUACAUAUGGGAUUGGAAGACCACGAAGCUUUACAAGAAAUGGAAGGCUCACGACGGAGUCUGCAUCACCUCUCUAUGGCACCCCCAUGAGCCCAGCAGACUUCUCACAGCAGGUUGGGACGGAGUCAUUAAAUACUGGGAUUAAGAGACGGCUGAAACAGCCAAGGAUACGUUUUGACAGAGCAGAGACUGCAAGAUUAGCAAAUAAGAUGAUUUGAUUGAAAAUUCAUUUUACGCCCCUUUAGAUACCUCAUUCAGUUAUGUUUGAAAUAAAAAUAGUUUUGUCUGAAUUUGAAAAAUUUUAACAUUUAUGUGAUCAUUCAUUUAUGGGCAUUUUUGAUAUGUUUACUGUUUAGGUAUACAUAAGCAUUUUUAAGAUAAAGUUAUGAUUUAUUUUUAAAGCCACAAACUUUGUACAGACAACCAAAUAUUAUGAAUCUUCCAGACUGAUCAGAUUUUUACAAAACAUUCUUUUAGGGGUCAAUGGAUGAAUGGAUGAAAUGGGAUGAAUUGAGGGUUCGAAAGUUGUACAGGAAAUAAAUGAUACAAUAGACUAAAUUA